GGGCGCCCUCACAACUUCAACAUCAGAGAAAUCUGUAGAACUCGAAGAAGGCUCAGGGAAGUCGUAGGUCCAACCCGAACCGACUAACAUCAUCAGUACACGUUAGCACAUAGCCGACGAGUGAGAAACUCAGCAGGUCUUCGAGAGAAAAAAUCCGAAAAUCGACUUUCACCCCUGAGUUUUUUUUAGUGAAGAAUAAGCUGAACAAAGUGUCAGUGUGAGGCGACGUGUAGGAGUUACGAUCAAGAUUACGGUUUCCUGAGCGUCGAAAAAGUACCACGAGACCUAAGAACCUAAGCACCCAGAAAAGCCUAACCUAUGUAUCGAUAAUUAAAAAAGCGGAAGUUUCAAAAUCCUACGACUACGUAGAGUGAAAAUGAGGUAUUGAUGACAAGAGCCUCUCUUCCCCUUUACCUCUCAGCUUUCUCCGGCACUUAUCUCACGCUUACCACGUUUUUAUUGACCACAACAAGAGCAAGACCCCUCACCACAAACACAAUAAGCACGACCAUGUUUCAACCUGUAGUCGUUGAAAGUUUGCCUCGUCUCCGCAUUGACGUUCCGGAGGACACGACUAGUAUAGCGAAGCCCCGCGACGAUGAGCUGUUAAGCGUUGCCACAUUGCAUUCUUCACUACCAUCCUUGCCUUGUUUUCCAGUAGGAGAGAGGUCAGGGAUGAUCUGAAGAAUGCAGCUCCGCACCCUCUAAAACUGAGCGCUUUCGACCAUUGGAAAUGCCAGCUGUUCGGAAAAUUUUCCUUGCGUUGGUGGAAAGUCGACACUUUGGCACAUGCGCUUUCGGCGAUGCAACGACCGCCGGAUUUCUUGGCAAUACGCUGCCCGAGUCGAUGUGAUCAUCGAGCGGGUUACAAUCCGGAAAAAAAUACAGUACUCAAAAUAGUGGAUAUACGUCACUUGAGAAGCGGGUUACAAUCCGGAAAAAAAUACAGUACUCAAAAUAGUGGAUAUACGUCGCUUGAGAAGCGGGUUACAAUCCGGAAAAAAAUACAGUGCUUCUCAGAUAGUAUUUGUGAGCAACAUGAUGAUACCUGCGAUUGAUAGAUUCAAGUAAUUACCCUAUUAAAAUAUCAAAUUUGUUGCAUUUCUUCUAUAGCCAUAGCCAGAGCAAGAGCAUACAACAACUUAUGCAUAGGCCAACCAGGUAUCAUCCAUCCUUUAUAAUCCGCCAACGCUCGUCCUACUAAAUCAAUAUGAAGCUUUAACUUUUGCAAUAGAACUCCAACUUCUGUAACUACAAUCAAUCACAAUCGAGUUUCAGGUGUGGAUCUGUGGAAAUUUAG